AUGGCGAAGAAGCUCUCUCCCUUCAAUUUUACAAAGGCUGUCAUGCGGUCAUUCAUGGCCGAGUCAGGUCUCGAGCCCAGACUGCUUCACAGCCGAAAUCGGCUCCAAACCAUACAUGGCGGUACCAUAGCCAGCCUUGUUGACCUCGGAGGAUCUCUGGCAGUCGCAUCUACUGGGCGAUUCGCAACUGGUGUGUCAACUGACUUGAAUGUUACGUAUCUAAGUCCCGGUGGCCGGCCUGGCGAUCUCCUCAAGGGAACUGCUACUUGUGAUAAGAUUGGCAAGACGCUCGCGUACACAUCGGUGCAGUUCUACAAUAGCAAAGGCCAGCUCGCCGCAAGAGGCAGCCACACUAAGUAUGUCGCUGGAACCAUGGGCCCGGAUGGGGCCUUUGUAGCUCCGGCACAAUGGGUAGAUGAGGUCGACUAG